AUGAUCCGACAACCCAGUGGUGUGAUCAUCGCGGGCCCCUCAGGCAGUGGCAAGAGUGAAUUGGUGGAACAAUGGUUACGGUACCUCAACGUCUUUCAAGUCAAACCCCGCAAGAUUGUGUAUGCCUAUGAUCGUUGGCAACCCCGGUUCGAGCGUAUGCAAAAAAAGGAUGGGAUUCAAUUUCAUCGCGGGUUACCGGACCCCCGUCAUUUGACGCAAUGGUUUGGUCGGACGCGUGGAGGGGUGCUGGUCUUGGACGACCUGAUGGAAGAAGGGGGACAAGACAAGCGCGUGUUGGAUUUGUUCACCAAAGAUUCGCAUCAUCGCAACAUCACCGUGUUGUAUUUGACGCAAGAUUUAUUCCCGCCUGGUAAAUUUUCCAAGACCAUUAAUCGCAACGCGCAUUACAUUGUGGCGUUCAAAAAUCCCCGGGAUCAAACAGGCAUACGAACCAUUUUAUUGCAAGCCUUUCCGGAUCGGUGGCGUCAAGUCUUGCGCCUAUUUAAACGCAUCACAGCCCGUCCCUUUGGCUAUUUGAUGUUGGAUGUGCAUCCUGCGUCGGAUGAUCGCUACCGCCUGUGGAGUCAUUUAACGCCCCGAGAAGGCAAAGCCCAAGUCCACACGUUACGUGCGGAUGUCCCUGCCGUUCGACAACGAACUGCAACGAGAACUCGCCAGGGUCCGCCGGCAAAGAGAAGGCGGACAACAUACUGAGUUAGCUGCCCGCAUGGACACGCCCACCCUCUCGCCUGCUGGUGUGGGCUCCCCAUCGGUCCUUCGGGACCUCAGCAGCAUGACGGACAUGGUGACCGAAUUGUCUCGACCGGUGGAUCGUGCCCAAUUGAAUCAAGAGAUUGAGGAUUUUAAUUUGACCUACCCGGUCAAUGUGGACGAUGCCUUGAAUGCCUUCACGUUACCCCCCGUGGCAGGCACCGGCACGGCACCACCCGCCACCACCACCACCGCCCCCAUCACCACCACGGCCACCCAAACCCGCCCCACCACAUCCACCCGAACACGCCCCACCACCACCACGACCACCACCAGUCGACCACGACCCGUCACCUCCACUCGAACACGCCCGGCUACCACCGCCACGACCACGACGGCUCCUUCACGCCCUUCCACCUCCCGCCGCAGUGCAGGGGCAGGCACCAGGACCACUACCUCGACGGUGACGACCCCCACUGGACGCCCUACCGUGGCUGCCAAACAACCGCGACGACGUCCCCGUGUACCCGCCCCACCGUCCCCCGAUUCGUCCCCUCCGUCCGAGGAUGAGGAUGAUGAUGAUGAUGACGAUCGAGGGCGAGGCUUAAGGCGACGGUUGGAUUUGCUCAAUGAAGAUGCUCAAGAACGGGCUCGAGGUAGACGCAUCCGCAACAUCACGCAUACCAAUACCGUCACCACCGUCUACGAAGAGGGUGGACGUCCCUCGGUACGCCGUACGUCCACCCGCACGUCCGGUCCACGACCCCCACGCCGAGGACGGGGCCGUGGCCGUGGCCGAGCCCGUGGACGAGGUCACAGGUCUGCGUAAACAGAAAAAAAGGAUAUAAAAACAGGGGUCUCUCUGUCACCGUCCCAAAAUGUGUGGCCGUUGUGGACACGCGAUGGCUCGGAAACGCAAACGCACCACGACUCGACGAUUAUCACGUCGACGGAGGAUCAAGGGUGGGAAGGCACCGUUCGUCGUGGAUUUCAAAAAAGGCUUCAAGCUGUUGACGGACUCGUCUAUGUGGAAGAUUCCGUCCAAAGCCGACAUACAGUCCGACAAACGACGAGUGGCCAACUAUAAACGCCAGUAUCGCGCCAGUGGUACUAAGGACUCGUACAACAAGUGGUUGGUCAAGAAAGGGUAUGCCAAAAAAGUGGGUGGAUGCAGUUUGAUGUGAAAAUGUAUAAAAAAAGAGGCUCAAAGUGUUCCGCUCUCAAAAGGACUCGUCAUGAGACGCAAACGCAAACGCUCUACGGCUCGACAACGGCCCGCCAAACGACGACGACGGCGUGUGAGUCAAGUGGGGGGUGUCGGGGUCGGCCUGCCCAUAGGCAUCAUGAAAGCUGGUUAUGGGAUCACCAAAGCCAUCGGGGAUCAUCAAACCAAGCGUGCUAUCGCCAUUGGUGAAAAACGUCGACGCGAAGUGGCUUCAGGCAAACGGAAAAAAUAUGCGGGGGAAUCCUUUAAUUGUUCCAUCAUGUGAAAAACAUAUAAAAAGACCUUCGUGGGACCGAACAGGGGUUCAUUGAAUGAUGGUCCGUGGACCUAAUGGUCGACGACAUCGUUAUGUCCCUCGAAAACGACGCCGGCGACGUGGAUUGCAACGUGGAGGCGUGCUCCCCAUGUUGGCAGUGGCUCUCUCGCCUGGGGCGUUCAAGAAGAAGAAACGGCAGGCGCGCCGACGCUAAAGUGACCAAGAAAAGAAAAGCCGUCACGUUUGCGUUGGAUUGGGAUGACCAGUAUGAAGCGGCUUUGUGUUCCCGGUGUCGACAUCACAUGCAAACGCAUUAUCAUGGCGAAUUGUGUGGUCGGUGUGGCGCCAUUUUUACCAUAAAUAGACCUUGGUCGUUGCCUGAACUCAAGAUUCAUCAUGGGGUGGCGCAUGGAACGUCAAGCCCCGUUCUUAAAAAGUGUCUUACAAGAAGCCAAUCAACACAAACGACAAGAAUUAUUGCGGAUGGCCAAUGCGGAUCAGAUCAAUGCUGUCAGUGAAUUGGUGAUGAACACCCUCCGUGGCACGGUGCCCCGUUCCCGACACACCAUCACGUUGCUCAAACCCCACGCCCAGAGUUUACGCGCUAUGGCUAAACCCGCUCAUUCCGUCAAACGACGACGCGCCAUCAUGAUGGCUCAAAAAGGGGGUGCCCUUUGGCCGGAACUCUACCGAUGUUAUAAACGUUGCAUGCGCUAGACAAGUCCCUUCAGUUGCACCAUGGAACCCGAGAUGGUGAGCACCACGGUGGACAACGCCCCAGCUUUUUUACAAUUACGAGAUCAGUACAAACAAGAAUUGGUGGAAGAUACCCGCUUGACCAAAGCCGCUGAUUUAGCGGCCAAGCAACAUGUGCUCCUGACCAGUGAGGCC